AUGUCGAAACAAAAUCCGCAGAGUUUCAAUGCAAUCGCAAAGAAGCUGGAAAACAGAGCACCGCCGCCAAAAGGAUUAAUGGGCGCCCUCGUUCAUCUUCUGGUUGCUGUCAUGCUCAUGGGGGCCAUCGGUGUUGUAAAUGGGAAACACCUAGAAACAGAAACUCCAUUGGACGAAAAGGCUUCCAAUGCGACGGCGCUCUACAUAUUGGGGGACUCCUCUGUUGAUUGCAGAGACAACUCUCUGUUCUACCCUCUUCUCCACCGUAAUCUUUCUUUGUAUCCUUGCAAUGGCUCCGAUUCAAACCUUCUUCCCCAUCUUCUUGCUGAGAAGAUGGGUUUGCAAAACAUCCCACCAUUCUACAAUCAAAACGGGUCGAUUGAAGAGCUUCUACUUGGCCUCAACUUCGGCUCAGCGGAAGCAACAAUCAUGAACCCCAGCAGCCGGAGCCACCAGUCUCUGAACCAACAACUCCGGCAAGUUUUCGAGACCCUGCAGCUGCUGCAGCUGCAGCUCGGCGAGUCCGGCGCCGAGCGCUUUGUCAGAUCCUCUGCGGUCUACCUCUCACUGGGGAAAGAUGACUACAUCGAUCUCUUCCUCCGCAACUCCUCUGGCGUGAUGCUCAAGUUUAGCAGCCAAGAAUUCGCUCGCAUCUUGGUGAACCAGAUGGUGCAUGUUAUAAGGAAUCUUUACAACGCAAAUUUCAGGAAGAUAAUAUGCGUGGGAAUAUUGCCGCUGGGGUGCGCGCCUCGAACAGUGUGGGAGUGGCGUAAUGCCAGCGCCGGUGAAGACGACGGCCGGCGGUGUGUUAAGGAGAUCAAUGAGAUGGUUUUGGAGUACAAUAGAAUGCUGGAUGACCAGAUUGUGGAGCUCAAUUCCAAGUUGCUCGAUGUGCAGAUUGUCUUCUGCGAUGUGUAUCAAGGAAUUAUGAAGAUCCUAGCCAAUCCAAGACUCUAUGGAUUCGAGGAUCGGAGCAGCGCUUGCUGCGGGGUUGGAUUGUACGGUGCGAUGAUCGGGUGUCUGUCACCGGAGAUGGCGUGCAACCAAGCUUCAACAUAUGUGUGGUGGGACUUGUACAACCCUACACCGGCAGUUUACUCCUUGCUUGUCGAUUCUGCCUGGUCCGGCCGGCCAUUCUAUGGCAUGUGCCGUCCGACUACCAUCCAGGAAUUACUCGCCACUUAA